CUGUUACCAUUCGAUGUUGAAAUUCUUAUCAUAUUGUUAAUAAUGACAAGUCUGGUAGCAAUUGGCCAAUCAAUGGCUAAGGAUGGGGAUUUGACGAGGUUAGACAGAAUGUUACGAUUGUUGUUUGUGCAAUUUUUUUAUGGUGACUGGACUACACAUGAUAGUCAUUCAAAUACUUAGUUGAAGAUUGAGUUGAACGCAAAUGAUUCAGACAAAUUGUGGAAAAACUGAAAAUUCAGUUUAUAAUGUACAUUUUGUUUAUUGGGAGAGUAUAAUUUUGAACAUGAUCAUUUGGCUCGUUACUCAUUUGUGAAUUCUGCAGGAUAUACAAAAACUAAACAAUUUAAUCUGUCACUUUUGAGUGUGGGAGAUAUCUACAAUUUCAAUAACUGGCAAAGAUCAAUUUUUUGUGUUGUGGUAAACAAUAAAAAAUGUUUCAGGGAAAAUGAACCUCCCGCCACCUUUGUUUAUAAGUUAUAACAAAUUGAGUCAAGUUAAUACGUCAAGUUGUUCUCAUUAUAGAUUGAUUUGGUAGAAAUCAGCUAAUUGUGAACCAUAUUCAUUGUAAUUUUAAAUAAUCUUCAAUUCUAGAAUUCUAAUAUUUAUAUCCUUUCAUGGAGACAGCUGGGAUUGGGAUUCAGAACAUCCAUAAAUAGUUAUAUACAGUCAGUAAAUUGGCUAUUUAUAUUUUAAUUUCAUAUUAUUGGUCAAAUAUGAACCAUAUUAAAUAACAUAUCAUCAGUAUUGCCAUCAUGUCCCCAAACAUGGUUGAAUAGGAUCAUUGAUUGUUUAAUUGGAAUCUUCUGAUCAAUAUCUGUCUGUUUAAAUAAGCAACUAAAUCACGAUUCAGACGUUUUGGUGAAAAUGUUCAAAAUGUGAUUUAUCAUCAUAAUAUAAUUAUCAUUUCUGACAUUCUGAUAUGAAAUUCGAACUUUCUUUGAUACCAAAUUUUUGUGCAGUAAACACAUCUCAGUUGGGUUAUUAUGGUUGAAUUCUUAAUGGAAAAAAUGGGGCUUAUUUCCUUUCGAAACUGGUUGUCUAAAAUGGAAUUUUAUUUUUUACACUUUGCAGAGUUUGAAUUCUGCCAUAGUUUUGAAUGGGCCAUAAUUCCAUAAUUAAAUCCAUUCAUUUUUCACAUAUCUGGUGUCACAUGGUAAAAAUAAUAUGAUUUUUAAUUAAAAAGCAUUCGAAUGUCAUGUAUCCAAAUUCAUAUGAUAAUUUUGCUUCGUGCAUUGCUAUUCUUGGCAAGCUGUGUUUGACAUUGAUUAUUUCCUGGCUGCUAUAGUAAGUUUCGUUUCAUGUUUUCGUUUAUUUAUUAUAAUAAAGUAAUAAUAUUAUUUUCUUGCACUUAUUAUUUUUUAUCACGAAUAUGUAUGUAAAAAUAUGCAUUAUUGCAUAACUGGCCUGCUCGAAACUGUUUCAUAUUUAGACAAGAGUCCCAACUACAUAUCAAAAAUAUGUUUCGUAAUGACUUUGCAAUUUUAGUUUACUUUCAAUACUGCAUAUUUUUAUUGUGAGAAUUUUGUUACAUAACUUGUUUUCCUGAAUUUGUUAUUGCUACAACCACAUGGUUUUAAUAUAAGAUGACAUAGAGUUAGAAUCUUUUUGGCCCCAAAUUAGCACCAAUAACAAUCAUUACCAAGGAAUGUGUGUACUUAUAUCCUCGCAUAUAGGCCGACCCCCUGAAAACGGUGAAUUUAUAAAAAUUGCCUAUCGACCCUACGAAACGUAACAGUAACACCCUAACAAACGUAACGUCAUAUGCACCUAUCACAGCAAAUGGUUGAAGAAGAGAAUUAGUGUGAUCAUCGCAUUUAUGCGCAUUUGAGCCGACUCCUCAGUUUGGCUAUUUUUUUCGAGUUUUAAACUCAGCUUAUGUGCGAGGUGAGGAUAUACGUUAUGUUCCCUCAUACUUACCGAGAAUAACAUUUAUCUUGAGAUUUAUCAAAUUUCCCAUUGGUGCAUUAUUCUUCAAAGCAAUUUUUCACUUUCAUUGUUAGUAAAUGUAUCUUUUAUUCAUAAUAUAUUUCUUUGAUAGCAUAAAGUGAUGUGAACUUUAAAGUUUAAAAUGGUUUCUUGUCUUACAAAUUAUUCUAGUCAGUGUUUCAAAAAUUUGAUAAGAAAGCUGACAGUAAUCGGAGCUAUAAGAUGCAAUUACUCGUCAAAUGCUGCAGCAAACAAAGCGUACACACAAGGACAAUAUGCAGAAAAAAAUAUAAGAGAAUACUUUUAUUAUAUUGAUCAUCAAGGUCAAUUAUUUCUUGAUGAUACUAAAGUGAAAAAUUUUAUCACAUGUUUCAAAGACAAACCUUUUUUGGAAUUUUUCUUCAGGCGAAUAAAAGGGAAUGUGACUGGUCGAUACCAGGACUCAUUUCCUUAUUUAUCACUGUGUGGGAGAGAGAGAAAUUUUAUAAGAUGUGAUGACUACCCAAUUGUUUAUACCCAUAUUAUAGAGAAGACUGAACUGGAUUCUGGGGGAGUACAAUACCUACUUUCUUAUGGUGGUGCUGGAGAUAAACUAACUUUGCCUUUUGAGCCUACAACUUUGUGCAUGCUGCCCCACACUGGUCGAGUUUACCAUAUUUGUCAUGAUAGGUAUGGUGGAAUAGGUUUGAUCAAGUCUUCACUUGCUAUUGAUAUUAGUUCUGGGUUCGUAUUCGACGAUUCAGUGAAAAUCACAUCACUGAGUGAUGGACAGACUGUUGAGUUACCUAGUAAAUUUGUUUGGAAAGGAGUUACUUAUGAUUUAACAAAUGAACUAUGUGAUAAAGUUAUUUAUUGACUUACUUUUUAUUUCAUCAUUACUUAUAUAUUUGCCUAUGUUCUACUGAAUAAAUUGAUAUCUUCUUGCA